UGACACAGCCCCCCCCCCCCAGUGACACGGGCCCCCCCAGGGCUCGCGUAUCGCCGCCUGCGCCGCGGCCUCCCCGACCCGCGGCCUCCCCGCGUCCCUCUCUGGGGCCCCGGGGGCCUCCCCGACCCGCGAUGCGGGGCUGGGAGCCGGGGCCGCUGCUGCUGCCGCUGCUUCUGGCCGCGUUUGGAGCGGAACUGGGCCUGACCCGAGUGGCGGACGCCGCGAGUGUGCGGGGCUCUCUGGUUGCAGUGACGCCGCUUCCGUGCUGGGCGCUGGAGGAGUACCGCACAGUGCAGCCCUGCACCCCGUGCUCCGACUUCCAGAGCACGGCGAUGGAGGCCUGCGUAGCCACGGGAUUUGUAGAGAAGCUCAGCUGCGUGGAUUCACACAAAGACGAGUUCCGCAGCUGCCGCUCGGUGACGGCGGAGGAGCGGGCCUUCUGGCGCUUCGAGCUCGUCGUCGUGGGCGUGGGGGCCGUGCUGGCGCUCGCCGUCACCCUGCGGCACCGCCGCCUCGACCGCAUCGCCUCGGACAAGGUGCGCCGUCAGAUCGAGUCUCUGUGAGCCGCCCCCGCCGCCAGCGGCAGCGGCAGCGGGGACUCGGUGACGGCGCGGGGGUUGCCGCCCCCCUUGGCUCUGCGCGCCGGCGCGGUGACCCGACGGUCGUGACCGCCGCGGAGCCAGCGGCGUCGCGCAGCAUUCGGGGAGGGUCGUCGCCGUCUCCUCCGCCCCCCCUCGCUCGUACCCUGGGGUCCUCCGCUCAGACGCCGGGAAACGCGGGCGCUUCACGGUGGAUAAAGCGAGCAACAGAACCGACUGACGCACUCCUUAAACGUACAAACUUUAUUUUGUCAGCCCAAGGCAGCGAUUGCCUAUUUCACUAUUUAAUGUAAAGAGGCCGUUGGAUUUUCAAGUAAGUCGAAUACUGUAACAAUAAAGCCGAUCCUUCA